GGUGCGAGGGAGUUCGGGUGUGCGUGUGGUGCGCUGUAAGUCGCAUUGACUGAGUGAUUUGUUUUUCCUUGCAGUGAUUUUUUCAUGCUAUAAAUCCAGGGUGAAUUUAUUCAUAACCUGUGACUUGACUUUCCGAAUAAGAUGUGCUUGUGUUACCGUGAUUUCGGAAUAUGAGUAAAGUGACAUGGAAAUGUGAUGUGACGAUGUGAAAUUGAAGAAUUGAAUGAUUAUUUUUGUAUAUAUUUGAGGCAAGAGUAAAAAAGCGAAGUUUUUAGAAGAAUGGUUUCUUCGUUAGAAUAUCAAUUCGGGUGUGGAAACGGGAGAGUUUGAGUUUAUUUAAAAAGAAACUCCUAGUGAUGGACUUAAUCUAUAAGAUAAGACUGAAAUGCAAAGACGCGAAGAUGGAAAUAGGAAAUAUUUGGCGCCUAGGAGAAGCGUCCUUGUCAAGGAAGACAGCCUGCUGGUUUAGGCGGGAAAAUCAUUAUCGUGCGUCUCAUGUGAAAUUACCGUACUGGGUGGCCUCGAAUUUCAAGCUUCUUAAUCAUUUCUCCCUGACAUUUGCGCUGUCAAUUCAUGAAGUGUUUUGAAGCUUUUAAAAGAAGCUUUCGAGUGUAGUGAAUGUUUAGAACGUGUAGAGGAGGAACGGAAGUGCAUUCAGUUUUCUUGUGUGAAAUAGCGUCGCCGAUAUAAUUCAACAUGGAAGCCAAAGAGUGGUUCAAUCUGAGCCAGAUUUGUAGAAAUCGUUUCACCAGGACCCGGGACGACUCCAAGUGCAGUUUUUCUUGCUGCAGGAAAGGCGUGGCCAUGUGCUGCCGGAAGGCGGGUGUCGUCGGCAUCGUCGGGGCUGUGCUGGUGUUCCUAGGGCUGGUGCACCUGGUCGCUGGCGUGUACUUCAUGCUGGCGCUGCCCAUGUUUCAACUCGGGUCGAAUCUGUGGACAGGGGCCUGGUGUGGAAUCUGUGGCGUCAUUCUAGGGACCAUUGGGUGGAAACAACAGACUCUUCGGAAGGGCCAAGUGAUACUAGUGGCUUCCUUGAGUGUCCUAGUGGUAGAAGUUGCCAAUCUUGUCAUCAUUCAGGUUGGAGAAUACAGAGUUUUCCUCUCAGAAAACGACAGGAGGGUGAUUGUCGAGGACAACCAGGAUCUUACCAUGCAGAUAGCAUUUUGGUUGACAACUCUCGUGACUGCCAUGGGCAUCGUCGUCAGCUUUUUUGGUGCCCAGUACCUUUUUUGUGUCGUGGUAAGAGGUCCACGGGUGAAGGGGCAUAUGCCAGUCACAAGGUCUUUAUCCGAAGAGGACCUACAUCAUCGACAGGAUGGUCCAGAUUCCACUCCUUCGCUAGAGGAUGUCGUAGCCCUUCCUGACCCUGCUGGCUCUUCUGCUUGGGUUUAUCAUCCUGAAGAAGAUAAAAAUCCAACUGCUCUAUAUCCCAUGGGUUUGGAUUUACUGUCUGACUUUCCAGAUGGAUCAAGAAGACUGCCAGCACGUCACGCAUCUUUUGUUAAUCCUCGCUAUGCUCGUGUGCAUCAGCGACCACAACGGGCUCAGAGUUUUGCAGUCCGCAGAGAUCUUAGUAUUCCAGAUGUACGACUAAGACCACCACCACCUGUGGCAUGCCCCGAACUGCCAAAUUCUCAAUUCUAUUCACAGUAUGCAAGACCGCAUACCCGUCGCAUACAUCGUUCAAAUUCUGUUAGUGGAAGAAUAUUACUUGACGAAACACCCAGUGAAGGAGCAACUCUGAGUCGCAAGUUUCAUGCCUGUUCUCUGGAUGAUCUUGAUGCUGCUCCAGUUAUUGAAAUAGGGAUGGCUCCAAGAGAGAUGAGCCGCUCAGAAAACAGCUUAUCUUCAUCUUUCCAAGAACCACUGGCAUCUGAUAGUGGAUCUUCACAUGAACUAACAACUAGUUUCCAAGAAAGAUUUUUAGAUGGCAAGAAAGUUUUAACAUCAUUUGGUCCACUCAGUCGCCCUGUUACUAGAGUUAUAAAACCAAAGGCUCCAGCUCCACCACCACCUACAAAGCCUAAACCUUCAGUAAUAUCCGUUCCAGUUGCCCAUAAAAUUAUUAAAGUAGAAAAUAAUGAGGAUACAGAGGAGUCUUCUGCAAAUGCAGUAGAAACAGAGGUAACACAACAAAAUCAAUCUUGUUCAUCUAGUUCUGAAAAGACUACACGAUUUGAUACACUUCAGCCAACAGAAGAAAAUUCCAAAGAUUCUCGUCCACUUACAGGCAUGGUAAAGCGAAUUUCAUCAAUGGAUAAACCAAUACCUCUCCCAGUUAUUGAAGAAAAUAUUAAAAAUACACGGAAGAGACCUGCCCCACAACCACGUACUACAGUACCAGCCCAGUCAGAAGACUCCCCUAUAGAUGCAUCAGUGACUAAAGAUUCAGAAAGUCUUAAAGCAGCAAAGCCUGAAGUUGUAAAAUCCACAAAACCUGAAAUUGUAAAGCCUCCACGUACAUCUAUUGUUGAUAAGGCUCUAAGAUUAGCAGACAAGAAUAUGACCAUAACACGACCAACUCCAGUGAAAAAGCCAGAAAGAAAGAAAACUGAAGGGAACAAUGAGGCAAACUUACGACGCCUUGAGGAAGUCCUUACAAACAUUCUUGACCAUGGAGCACCUGCACCACUGAGAGCAACUAAAUCUGAUGAAAAUAUUAUGGAAAGCCUAAAAGCUUUGGAUACAAAGGUGCCAAAAAGUAUUCUAAAAAAGAGCCCAGGAAAGCCUAGUAAAUAUGAAGUUGCACACAGAGAAGCCAUUGAAGACUCUAAAGCAUUACUGGAGCAACUGCCUCAUGGUGAACUUCAAAGAAAUAAGAUAGUGCUAAGGGUUCCUUCAUUCAGAACAGCUGGGUGCCAAACAGAAGCUUAUCGUCCGGUUAGGCGACGAGCCUCAUGUGCACAAACCAAUCUCAGUGUCGCCCCACGUUAUAGAGAAGCUGCAGCUAGUGGGUCAAACCCAAAACCAAAUAUUCGCACCACUCAAACAGAACAUCGAAGCAAACCUGUGAGACGAGAAGAAACUCAGGAAACAGUAAUGCCUGAAUCGUCAUCAUCAUCAUCUGGAUACUCUUCUCCGGAAGUCAGUAGUAAAGAACCCUCUCCAGCUCAUUCUGGCCCUCCAUCUCCUGCCUCUUCUUCAGCCAUAGCCAGUGAUGAAGAAGAAAAACGAGGAGACACAAAUGUAACAGUAAUUGAAAUUAACAGAAGUGAAGCAGGCCCACCACGACUUCCUCCAUGGUAUGGGAUAGACCCGCAGCCUCCACCUCGACCUCCAAAGCCUCUACGUUUACGGCAUAUGUCUGAUGCAGCAGCAAUAAUGGCAAGACAAGGAGGCCUCUUGGUUCCUGUCCAUAGACGUGCUUCACAACUGCCAAUGUAUGAAGAUGUCUUUGGCUUGGCUGCACUUACUGAAAAUGUUAUGCUCCUCACAGAAGCAAUUAACCCUGUUCUAGUGCACAGUGCUCGACACAAUCAACUUAAUGGUAACGAUAGAUUUCCAUCAACUGCACCCCGUGUAGUUGAUGUUAUACGAAAACUUUCAAAUCAACAAGAUAGACCUUGGGAUGGACGUACAACUAUUGUCCCUCGUAACAAACCUGCCCUUCGCACUAACAGUCUUACUCUACCUAGACCAUCAGUCAUUCCAACUCCACAGCCAAGACAUACCAAGGCUUCCCAAAGAGAAGAGUUCAGUCACCAAACAGAACAUGAUGCAGAGUCCUCAACUGCAGCAUAUCUAGCAUCUCUGGAACUUCUUGCAUCACACUACAGACACCAAGCUCUUGCAAAUGCAAAGCAAUUACAGCUCCAACAGCGACUUUUAAUGCAGCAGCAACGUCAACAGCAUCAUGAAGUGGCUGACAAUGAAAUAAACAAGUCUCCACAGCAGACCCAGUCAAAAACAGUUACAGCACAAGCAUCAAGACCAAGCUUAGUAACACCAAUAAAAGAAGAGAGUGAUUGCUAAUCACAAAAAUGAAAUGUUCAAUGAGCGAAGCUUCAAGACGUUUUAAUAAUAAAUUAUUAUAAAUAGUUACUUUCCCAACUUACAUACUUUUCUGAAAGCAUUAACAUUACAUUAGUGUACUUGUUGGUAAACAUUCCAUAUCAGGCUCUAUUUGCUCAAAUUUUUCUUGCUUGAAUGGAAAGUUUAAUAAUGUCAUUAAAUGUACACAGUUCUGUAUACGUACUCAAGAGCUAAGUAUGAUACUCAAAGGCCAUGACCUGGGGAGACAGCUCUGUUAACCCUUUUAGGUUUUAGGUUAUUCAAAUACAAGUUUUAUCACAAUUUCUUCCAGUGGGAUAACCAGUCUCAAGCAGGAUUUGGGGAAAAAUUUUAAGUACACAGGACAAGUUGCAAAACUUACAAGGUUAACUUAUAUUUUUAAAAACUUUAGAAGUUACUUCUGAAAGAGGUCUGUUAGUUCAGAGAUAAAAGAUUAUAAUGACUGUCAGACAGUAACCGAGGCGUAAAUUUAUAACUCAAGUAAAAAAUCUACAAUACUAUACACUGGGUCAUAUGUUGAUGGACUACAAUGAUUCACUCCCAUUUUUAUGUGUACAUUUCCUUUAAAAUUUUGGCUCGAGAUGAUUUGACAUAGUUCCUUUAUGUAGGCUUUGGUGCCCAGAAGAGCUUGGUAAUACAUUAACUUCUAAGUUAAAACUAAUUAGUCUCCUUGAAACUAAGAGUUUCUGACUUCAGAUUAACUUAUGCACCUUGCAUCAACCUUCAGUGACAUAUGAAUGUAUAUAAUUUAUGUAUAUAUUAGUAGUAAUAACAAAUCUAUAUAUGUAAUGUAUAAAAAUUUCAACAAAUAUAUGUAAUAUAUAAAACAUUUCAACAACUUUAAAUUUCAUAAAGUAUUUAAAGAAGUUAUGUAAGGGAUACACAACAUGAUAAGAUGCUAAUUUUAGGUCCCCUUUCCUCCCUUCUGGAAAAGUGGUUAUUUUUAUAAUGUAUAAUAUUCAUGAGUUAGUUAAUGUACAAUAGAUGCACCAGUCCAUUUUAUACCAGUUUGAGUAAUCCUACACUAUUGUAAAAACUUUAUAUAUGAACAUUUGAUGAUCGUCUCUCCGCAAGAGGUACUGCCAAUAAUGCAACUUGAGCAACUAACUGUUGGUGGUGCUGAAGGCUUUAAUAGUCUUGCAUCCUAAGCAGCAUUGCAUUCUACAGUAUCAUUUUCAUGUAUUUCUCAUGGUUUGUUAAGCACCUAGAUGUUCAGCCAAAAUUGACUUUGGGCCUUGAAGUGACUCGGUAGUCUGGGUAACCUACUUCUUAAUAUCCAUUCCCAUAAACCUGUUUCCUUAAAAAGACUGCCUUCUUUCUUCAAUCAGUUUGGUGGCAUACAGUUUGACUUGAGGGGAGAAGGGAACCCAGUAUGACAAUCCAUAUUAUUG